CCACCAGGUGUCAGUUAAUGUCAAUAUGGUUGGCGAUUGCUCACAUGUUGUGCAAUGCUAUCAAAUAUAUUUAUAUUACAUCUGAAAAGAAAACUAUUUGAACGUUAAUCUUUUGUGGUAUGUUUAUUCCUGAAAUAGUCUAAGUUUACAAUACUGAUUGCAAUUCUUGAAUGAUGAGGACCACCACUGCUGAAAAAUUGGCUAAACUUCAAAAGACACCUCAAAACAUCCGUAACAUUUGUAUUUUAGCUCAUGUUGAUCAUGGAAAGACUACCUUGGCUGAUUCUCUUGUGGCUAGUAAUGGCAUCAUUUCCCAGAGGAUGUCUGGAAAGAUCCGUUACAUGGACAGCAGAGAAGAUGAACAGUUACGAGGGAUUACUAUGAAGUCCAGUGCAAUUUCUUUACAUUAUGUACAUGAACAAGAGGAUUAUUUGAUAAAUCUAAUUGACUCUCCUGGACAUGUUGACUUUUCUAGUGAAGUGUCGACAGCUGUACGUCUUUGUGAUGGUGCUAUUAUUAUUGUUGAUGUCAUUGAAGGAGUCAGCCCACAGACUCAUGCUGUGUUACGGCAAGCCUGGCUGGAAGGUAUUAAACCAGUGUUGUUGCUCAAUAAAAUUGAUCGACUGAUACUUGAACUCCACAUGGAACCUCAAGAGGCAUAUUUACAUCUUCGGCAAAUUCUGGAACAGAUCAAUGUUUUAACCAGUGAAUUGUUUACUUCUGAAUGGAUGGAGAAAAGUUCCAAUAUGCCACCUAAUGCAAGUGAAGACUUGGAGAGUUGGUCAGCUGACUUGAACAUGGUAUUAGAGGAGGAAGGUGAUGACUCCAACAUCUACUUUUCCCCAGACCAAGGCAAUGUGAUAUUUGCUAGUGCCUUGGAUGGCUGGGGUUUCAGCAUCAGUCACUUUGUUAAUAUGUAUUCAGAGAAGCUAGGUAUCAGUGCUGCAGCUCUAAACAAGACACUGUGGGGAAACUAUUAUCUUAAUUCAAAAGCCAAAAGAAUAAUGAAAGGCGCACAAGCUAAAAAUAAAAAACCCUUAUUUGUUCAGUUUGUCCUCGACAACAUCUGGGCUGUGUAUCAAGCUGUAAUGAUUAAAAAAGACAAAGAAAUGAUUGCAAAGAUUGUAAAUUCAUUAAAUCUGAAAAUUUCUGCAAGAGACUCUCGGUCUGAUCCUAAAGUUCAUUUACAAGCUAUUUGCAGUCAAUGGCUCCCUCUUUCAAAUGCAGUUCUUUCAAUUGUAGCCAAGAAAAUCCCUGCUCCAACAAAUAUGUCAAAAGCUCGCAUUGAGAAACUCAUGUCCAGCAACUCGCGUAGUUUUGAAUCACUUCCACAGAAGAGCCAAGAUUUAAGAAAUGAUUUUCUGGCUUGCAGUUCAUCAGAAGAUGCUCCUGUAAUUAUAUUUGUUUCAAAGAUGGUAGCAAUUGAAAGAAAAUCACUUCCUCAGCAUAAAGCAAGGCCUUUGACUGAAGCUGAUUUGCAAGAGAAAAGAAGAAUUGCUUUACAAAAGAGGGCAGAAAGGUUAGCUGCAAAAGCUACAGAAAAUACUGAGAAUGCAGAAGACAAGCAAAAAUCCAAAGAAAAUUUAUCUGGUGAUCCUGUUAAUAAUGACACUGAUUUAAAUGGGGCCGUAGAACCUCAAUCCGAGCAUGUAUUUAUUGCCUUUGCACGUAUAUUUAGUGGUACAGUGAGAAAAGGAUGUAAAGUGUUUGUUCUUGGACCAAAGCAUGACCCAGAAAAAGCUCUUCAAAAUGAACAAUCAACUUUACUUGAAAAUUCUGACCUUACUGUUAAUGAACUUUCAAGUAGUCAACACAUCAUGUCAUUCACAGUACAAGAUUUAUAUUUAUUCAUGGGAAGAGAGCUGGAAAUUAUGGAUGAAGUACCUGCAGGAAAUGUUCUUGGAAUUGGAAGUUUAGAAGAAUAUGUUCUGAAGACAGCAACGUUAUGUGAAACCAUAGCAUGUCCUGCUUUCACUGACAUGCACUUCGAGGCUGCUCCCAUUGUACGUGUUGCUAUUGAGCCACAAAAUAUCUGUGAUAUGCCUAAUUUGGUGAAAGGACUUCGUUUGUUAAAUCAAGCUGAUCCCUGUGUAGAAGUCCUUGUCCAAGAAACUGGUGAGCAUGUUAUUGUUGCAGCAGGAGAAGUUCAUUUACAGCGUUGCCUUGAAGAUUUAACAGAUAGGUAUGCUAACGUACAGAUCAUUGCUUCCUCACCGAUUGUGCCAUUCCGUGAAACAAUAAUUACUCCUCCAAAAACUGAUAUGGUCAAUGAAGCUAUUGUUCAAAUGACUGAUACAAAAUGUUUACGUAUGAAGAAUAUAGAGAAUGAUAUAGAGGAGAUUAGACCCGGUCUUAUUGAAAUACAAACACCAAAUCGAAAAUGCACAAUUCACCUCAGUGCAAAACCUCUCCCAGAAGAAGUCACAAACAUUUUGGAAAAAAGUACAGAGGUCUUAAAAUAUUUCCAGGUUCAAAUAAAAAUCCGAACUUCUAAAGGAGGCCAAUUAAAUUGUACUGAAAUAAAUCAUGUUAUGGAUGAAGGUGUCCGAAAUCUAAAGAAACAGUUAAAUGAUGCUUUUUCACAAGCAGGUAAAGAAUGGCAGGGGUUCACUGAUCAUAUAUGGUCCUUUGGGCCUCGGCAUGUUGGACCAAAUGUACUCGUGAAUAAAAUCCCUAAUUACCAAAGACCUUCGUUAUGGAACAUUACAGAUGAUACCACUGGCAUUCUGCGUAGUUAUGAUGAUAGCAUUAUCAGUGGUUUUCAAAUGGCUACUUUGUCGGGCCCUCUUUGUGAAGAACCAAUGCAUGGUGUCUGUUUUAUUAUUGAACAGUGGGAUUACUUGGACAGUCUUAAUGGUACAUCAUCAUGUUGUAUAGGUGAUACAAAUGGUGCAUCAGAGGAGAGAAAACAAGACCUAACAUACACUAAUGAGGUUGCAUAUGGCCCAUUUUCAGGGCAGUUAAUGUCGACUAUAAAAGAUGGUUGUAGAAAGGUAUUCUUAACUCAGUCAAUGCGUUUAAUGGUUGCUAUGUACAAAUGUGAUAUUCAAGCUACUGCUGAUGUACUUGGUAAACUCUAUGCUGUACUUGGAAAGCGCAAUGGUAAGGUACUUCAUGAAGAUAUGAGAGAAGGUACUCGGGUAUUUAAUAUUGAAGCAGCUCUACCAAUUAUUGAAAGCUUUGGUUUUGCUGAAGAUAUCAGGAAAAAAACAAGUGGUUUGGCCAGUCCACAACUCCGUUUUAGUCAUUGGGAGGUUGUUGACAUGGAUCCCUUCUGGGUACCUCAAACCGAGGAGGAAUAUCUACAUUUUGGAGAAAAGGCUGAUUCAGAGAAUUUGGCUCGGUCAUAUAUGAAUGCAGUGCGUAAACGAAAAGGUUUAAAGGUUAAUGAAAAAAUUGUAGAACAUGCAGAAAAACAAAGGACGUUAAAGAAAAAUAAAUAAACCUUACUAAUUCUUUAAAAUUUAUGUUGGAGACCAAUUAUUCUAAUGAAUGUAAUUUUACAAACUAAGAUAUAUUGUCCGAAAAUAAAAUGUAUUCAUAAUUUA